AUGUCGAUGUCUAAGGGUUCCAAGAUGCUCCAGUUCAUCAAUUACCGUAUGCGAAUCACGAUCCAAGACGGGCGCCAGCUAGUCGGCAAGUUCAUGGCCUUCGACCGCCACAUGAACCUUGUAAUCGGAGACUGUGAAGAGUUCCGUAAGCUUCCUCCGGCGAAAGGUGCGAAGAAGAACGAAGAACGCGAGGACCGCCGCACUCUUGGCCUUGUUCUUUUGAGAGGGGAAGAGGUAAUAUCUAUGACCGUUGAAGGCCCUCCGCCGCCUGAUGAAAAUCGCGCUAAAGCCGUCGGAGCUGCAGCGUUGGCCGGCCCUGGUCUCGGUCGUGCUGCUGGCCGUGGAAUCCCUACUGCUCCUUUGAUUCAAGCUCAACCGGGUUUAGCUGGACCGGUUCGGGGGAUUGGUGGGCCGGCUCCUGGUAUGAUGCAGCCGCAGAUUUCUCGACCGCCUGUUCCGAAUAUGUCUGCUCCGCCUAUGAAUUACCCGCAGGCUCCGGUGAUCCGACCUGGACAAAUGCCAUACCCUGGACAGGGUCCUCCUCCUCAGAUGCCUCGUGGACCACCUCCACAGAUGCCACCCCAGUUUGCUCAACGGCCGCCUGGUCAGUAUCCACCUCCGCCAGGGCAAUAUGGACAAAGACCUAUGGCUCCACCGCCUCAGAUGAUGAGGGGUCCGCCACCACCAGGGGGAGCGCCACGACCUGGUAUGCCUGGUCCGCCUCCUCCUGCUCGACCUGGAAUGCAGAUGCCAGGUUUUGGACCUCCUCGUCCUGGGAUGCCGCCUCCACCAAGCAACCAGCAACAACAACAGCAGUAG